GCAGGUCCACGAGAUCCAGUCUCACAUGGGACGCCUGGAGACGGCAGACAGGCAGUCUGUGCACUUAGUAGAAAAUGAAAUCCAAGCAAGCAUAGACCAGAUAUUCAGCCAUCUAGAGCGUCUGGAGAUUUUGUCCAGCAAGGAGCCCCCUAAUAAAAGGCAGAGUGCCAAACUCCGUGUCGACCAACUCAAGUAUGAUGUGCAGCACCUGCAGACAGCCCUCAGGAACUUCCAGCACCGGCGCUAUGCCAGGGAGCAGCAGUUGAGACAGCGAGAUGAGCUUCUGUCUCGAACCUUCACCACUAACGUAAGCCAGACACUGGGGGUGUCAGAACUGAGAGCAGGUCACCAGGCAUCACCUCUUAGUGGGUGCUUGAAGCAGACUCAGGAGGAGGAGAACAAGUCGACUGACAGGAGAUUUUGUGCAUUGUCACUAAGACCAUAUCUAGAUGGGGAAUUUCUCUCCAAAACCCUGAAGAGGAAGUGGGUAAAUUGAAGAAAUGGGCAGAGGUGGAAGAUCACACAGUCGAGGUGUUUUU